CGAAGGCGGCGGCGGCGGCGGGUGCUGCCUGAGGAGACUGGCGGAGCUCGAGGUGGUGCCGCAAUGGAGGGACUGGAAGAAAAUGGAAGUGUCCAAGUUGGAGAAUUGCUACCUUGCAAGAUUUGUGGAAGAACAUUCUUUCCAUUGGCAUUAAAAAAACAUGGACCUAUUUGCCAGAAAACUGCCAGUAAAAAAAGGAAGACUUUUGAUUCAAGCAGACAAAGAGCUGAAGGAACUGAUAUUCCAACAGUGAAACCUCUUAAACCUAGGCCUGAACCACCAAAGAAGCCAUCUAAUUGGAGAAGAAAGCAUGAAGAGUUCAUUGCCACCAUACGAGCAGCUAAAGGUCUUGGUCAGGCACUUAAAGAGGGUGGCAAACUUCCUCCCCCUCCUCCACCUUCUUAUGAUCCUGACUAUAUUCAGUGUCCCUAUUGCCAGAGGAGAUUUAAUGAAAAUGCAGCUGAUAGACAUAUAAAUUUCUGUAAAGAACAGGCAGCACGUAUUAGUAAUAAAGGCAAAUUUUCUACUGAUACCAAAGGAAAAUCAACUUCUCGGCCACAGCAUAAGCCGCCUGCACUUAAAAAGUCAAAUUCUCCUGGAACCACCUCAUCAGGAUCUUCACGAUUACCACAACCAAGUGGCACUAGCAAAACUGUUGUAGGUGUUCCUUCAGGUAAAGUGUCUUCAGUUAGCGGCUCUUUGGGAAACAAACUUCAGACCUUGUCUCCCUCCCAUAAAGGGAUAGCAGCCCCUCAUGUAGGUAAGAUGGACAAGUUAGGCCCUCCACUUCGAACUGGAAGACAUGUGCAAAGGUUGUAUGACAGUGAUACAAAAUCAGACAGUGCCAUCAAAAGACAUGAGUUAUUACCCAUUUACAAAGCUAACAUCAAACCUCGAAAUUCCACACCACCUAGUUUGGCUCGAAAUCCUGCCUCAGGUGUGCUUACAAGCAGAAGAAAAACAUAUACUGAGAACUACAUGGCCAGGCCAGAUGGAGACUAUAUCUCUUCACUUAAUGGCGGAAACCUUAAAGGCAUUGAAGGAAAUUCAAUGGCACACUUACCAAAAUUCUGCCAUGAGUGUGGGACUAAAUAUCCUGUAGAACGGGCAAAGUUCUGCUGCGAAUGUGGCGUUCGAAGAAUGGUUCUGUGAACAGAAUCCAAAAAGAGCUUAGUCCAGAAUUUUAUGACUGUUGCUGCUUGGAUAUCUAGAGCACUUCCCCUAGUGAUUUUGUGCUAAAGUUAUUCAAAAUACCUUUUUUUCAACAAUUUUUGGAGCAUAAUCCUUUGGCUGUGUAAUGUGUGUUUGUAUGUAUGUGUGUAUACAUAUACUGUAUAUAGUAAAUACCUGACAACCUAAACUGUGCCAUUCAAGGAAAUAUUCACUUAUCAGUCAGAAAAGAAUUUCAAGUGGAAUCAUUAACUUAGGUAUUACUUUUCUGUUGUUAAAGCACAUUGAAUAUACCUCCACAAACUCUCAAACACUAGUGCUUAGCCCUUUAAGUUUUAGAAUGAUCAUUACUUUGAGGAAAAAUCAGAAUAAACAUUUUUGUUAUUGGUGCCUAUUUUCAGAUAGUAUCAUCGUAGGAUGGGAUGCUUGGAAUUUUGGAACUGAAGAGAAUAUGUUUAGUUACAAUUAGUUAUGUGAGGUCAUUUUCCUGUAGAGCUCUGUAAUAAUUAAUUUUAUAAAUGUUUUUUUAAAAAG